AUGCGGCAUGAUGCUGAAUUGCCCUGCAUGGAGCAACCAACGUUAAGUAGAAAGACAUCCACGUCCACAAUUAGUACGGAAGGAGGUGGAGAUGGGACUGGCUCAAAAUCGACGAAAGAGCGGAGACGCAGUUUUGUUGUUCAUAGCAGAAUGCGACGUGUAGGAAGUCAUUCGCGUUUAAAUCGUCUCGGUAAAAUGACGCCGUUGAUAUCGAAGGCACAGGAGACUUCACGGCCCGUUUCAAGUGUCCAAUUGUCAGAGAUGAACAAAACAUCGGGUCGACCAACUCUACAUCGGGUUCAUACAUCUAGUGGUACAGUCGAACACCGUUCUCGCCGUGCUGAUUCUAUUUCCACAACAGGAACAGCGGCUUCUGCAAGCACAGCAAAUCAGCCUUCAACCACACAAGGCAAGAAGACGGUGACCAAGGCAAACUCAGAUGCAGGGGCUUUAUCAACGGCAACUGCACCAAUUACAACGAAAACGGAAGCCGAGCCGGCAGCAGCCUCCACAGCAACUGCACCCCCAGUUGAAGGGACUCAAGGACUGUCCACAGGAGAAACUGGAACGACGACAGGCGCGACAAAGGGAGCGUCUGUGGCUGUAAGUUCGUCCAGGAAAUUACCAACAUCAACGCCGGUAACGACAACGGCGGCAGGCAUUCUCCAUCACGGUACACCUGGAAAGACGAAUGUAGCUGGCAACAGAACUGGAGUGGAUGAUGCCGCAUCCGUAGCAAACACAGACAUGGCGACAAAAACGAGUCUAUCUUCGCGAUAUCAUCCAUCACCAACGGAUUCAAAUUUAUCAGAAAUGAUGAUCCGACACCGAUUGGGCCAUCGUAUUACUAAGACGGCCGACCAGCUUUUCGACUUGGGUACACCCACAAGUCGAACUCAACAGAAGAUCCUCAUUCAGCGGGCCCAGUCACAGUUUGAAGCUUUGGAAGACGAAGGCGGACCGGACACCGUUGAUCGCAAAUUUCUGUACCCCCGGUCGCGGCAGGUACGCGACGCCAUUCAACAUCAAAGACGUGAUGUAUUUCGUUUUCAGAACACCAUCUUGGAGGGCCUCAGCCGGCUGGACUUAUCAAGAGUUCACACACCAGCGGAGGGCGGUGCCCAUGGUUCCGACAUGGACGCGCUUGUGAAAGAUUUGUCAGUAAGACUGAAUAAGUUACAACUCUUGAAAUGA